GCAGCAGCACACGGUCUCCGGGGUCAUUAACCUGCCGCAUGUUGGAUACGUGAUAACAGACGGAUAUCGGCACCUGCGGGAAUAAGAAGAGCAGUUACGAGACAGUUGUGUAUUUAUUUAUUGUUUUUUUUUUGGUCUGUUUUUUGGAAACCUUUGCCAGGGAAGAGUAAGUCCGAGCAGCCAUGAGAGUUCAUCCCAUAUCUACCAGAUCCGUCCACAGCAACUUCUGACCAAACCUGAUUUAGUAAACCAAAGAUGUCAGCGUGCAGUGACUUUGCAGAACACGUGUGGAAACCCGGCUCUUGUAAGAACUGCUUCCACCCGCUUAGCGCUCAUAAGACUGUCGGCGGCCUGGAUGGCAGCGUGCCAGCCGCUUGUUUGAAGAGCAGCCUGGGAGGCGAUGAAGAAGCUGGAGUAACAACGCCUUCACCCUACAGCAAGCCAACCAUCGCUGUCAAACCCACUAUGAUGAGCCUUGACACCAACGAGUCGACUGACGUCAACAUGAAUAUAGAGCAGGAGAACACAAAGAGCCCAGUGGACCGUUUGGGCUUUAAGAAGCUGUUGGACCUAUCGUCGCUUUAUAUUGAUAGUAAUGGCUGCAACAAGGCACAUAGAGACACGGUUCUUCAGAGUCCUGAAGCCAAGAUGGACUACAACAACUCCUUUUCUUUUGCUCCAUUGUCUCCCAAUAUCCUGCCAAAAGACUCCAUGAUCAUUGGCAAUAUCUUUGUCACCCAGGAAGAGGGUAGAGGUUCUCAGAGUUUAAAGAAGAAUGCCAAUGGAGACACCCGAAGGCAGCAGAGUAGUACAACUGCUAUUAGAACCAAGAGCACUUACAAUGGAAGCAGUGUGACUACCAAGGCAAAUUAUCAGGAAGCCCAUCAGGCAUCUGUGGAGAUACCUUUGUCAGUAAAUAUUGUCCCCUCCAGUCCUGUCGCAGUUUAUAGCAAUGGUACUAGCAGUGGGAGUAUGGCUACUGUCACCACUAAGACUUCCAGCACUUCUACCACUUUCCCCACCACAACCAUAAGGGUGGACACUACUAGACUCAGUCCCCCUCCAGCCCUCCACUCUGCCCCUGUCCUGUCAAAACAAACCAGCCUAUCAGACUCCUCUUGUUCUUAUCGCAGUAGUACAGAUUCACUUCCUGGGGCAGAAGGGUCAGGAGGAAGACAAGUCAGGUCAGGGAGCCCCCAAAGUCCACCAUCCAUCGAUAGACCACAGUCAGCUCCCAACUCUCCCAAUGGACAUCCAGACUCAGAACCCAUUUAUGCAGAGAGCACCAAGAAAAAGCGCAGGCCGCAAGCAAAUGGAGUGCAAUCCCAUCCUGCAUCCCCAAACCUAAGUAAGAACUCGUCCUGCUCUGAGCCUGAGCUUUCAGGAGAGAGUCAGCGGGCUACCAUUACCGUCAUGGCUGCUCGCACAGAGGAGAACAACAGGACUUUCUACCUGAGCAGCCCAGAUUCAGCCGUAAGCACCCAGUGCCAUUUCAGCCCCACAGCACGUAAAGACCCCAGCAGCCCAGCCUUCCGCUGGCCCAGUCCCAGCCAUAGUGCACCCUCUGUGGCCACAGAAGCCAGCCUCACCCCCACUCUCUACCCCAAGCCUCACUCUAGCCCACCCAUUCCUCCAAAGAGGAACACCCGCUCACCCAAACUGGGCACCUCUAGCCUCUCACCAUCCAUGUCUUCUCCAGUCCCUCUUCCCGAACUCCCUAAACUGGGCACCUCCAGCCUCUCACCGUCCAUGUCUUCUCCCGUCCCUCUCCCAGAACUUCCCAUGCUUUUCCUUGUCUCUGCUAGAGAGGGACACUUCAAGGUCCACACAGAGCACCAUAGCGCGACAUCCGAACGCUGGCACAAACCCCACAACCACAGUCCUGGCUGGAACUGCUGCAUUGAGGAAGAAGAAGAGGAUGAGGAGAGAGAGCGGAAAGAGGGAGGGGAGAAGAAGAAGCCGGCCGGCAAUCCAGGGACAACCUCUCGGGUGACAGGCCUGGUCAAUGGUGCUGCUGUCUGGAAGGAGGCCAGGGACUGGCAGGCCCACAGCAGCCCCCCUCCGAUGACAGAGCCAGGCACGGCCCCCCCGGCUGCCCCCAACAAUGGUGCCUGUCAGGGGGAGACAGAGGGCACCGGUGCAGAGGAGGAGGGCAAGCAUAACGGGAGCAUGCCAGCCAAGCAACCGUUGCAUGGCGGCUCAUCAGAGCUGCUGGCAGCAGGAAAGGGAAUUGCCAACAAUGAGCCCAAUCCACCACCUCCCCCACCUAAGAAACUGCACAGAGUGUCCAGUAAGAUGAGUGGCAGCAACAUGGAGCUGGACCGCUGCAGCCAACAAGGAUCAGCAGAAAGUACUACUUCAUCUCCAUGGGGCCUGAGCAGUGCCAGCCUACCCACCGCCUCUACUGACAACCUGACUGCUGACACCGAUUCUCGGGAUGCUACACGGAUGUCUUGUGGCUCUCCAUUUCCCAGAAGUCCAGCGGCCUCAGCUCCAGGGUCUCCUCACCCACCCUCCCUCAGCAGUUUAGGUAGUCAGCCACCGCCACUCCCGGAGAAAAAAAUGGUCAACCGCACCGUGUCAGCUCCCGACAGCGCGAACGGAAAAGGCUUUGUCCGGGCCUACCCACGCCUUCCGUUCACUGGCUCAGAGAGCAACGUGUGUCGACCUGAUGUUAGCUCCAGGUCCAGUUUACCGUCCAGCCCCGUCGACCCACGGCCCAUUUUCUCCUCCAACGAGUCUCUGGAGCGUUGCCAUGCCCCGCUAGGCCGACCCUUGAGGUCCCGGACACUGGAUGAGCCACUGAAGACUCACGGGCGUCUGGGUGUCCACUGUCGAACCAGCAUCACCUGCUCCUCUUCUCCUCAGCUCAGCGCACCCUUCUCAUCCUCAGAACCAGUUCCGGCACCAAAUCUGGGCUCCAGCCUGCAGCUCCAGACUCUUCUGAGUAACAUUGACAGUAGAGAGGGAGUGUACUCCAAACUGGGAGGUCUGUAUGCAGAGUCUCUACGACGCUUGGCUCUAAAAUGUGAGGAUCACUUCACCCGCUCCCAGAAGAACACUCUGAGGUUUGAGGAGAGCAACUGGUCUCUGUUCAGGCUCACUUCUAACAAGCCAAGCUGCAACGCAGGAGAUGCUGUGUACUACUCUGCUGCUUGUGCCUCAGACCCUGGCAGCUCCUACGCUGUGAAGAUCUGUAAGAGUCCAUCCAUGGAGGCCAAACAGGGCCAUCUCUACGGUCUGUCAGUUCAGCAGAGCAUGCCUCCCCACUUCAACCUCCAGCAGGACCGUGGACACUUUCUCGCUUGUGUCCCCCAGAGCAUGCUGCCUUCUGACGAAGUAUCUCCGCGCACCACACCUGCCACACAGCUGCCUCAGCCCUCCACAUCUGCACCGGGCCAACAGGUAGACCGAGAGCGAGUGGUGGUCAUCACCCCUGAGAUUCCCCAGCAGACCACAGCUGACUUUGUUCGGGAAUGGGAGGCAUUCCACAAAACUCAGCCAGAAGUCUAUGAGCGCCGUGUUUGCUUCCUCCUCCUGCAGCUCUGCAAUGGCCUGGAGCACUUGAAAGAGCAUGGAGUCACGCACCGUGACCUUUGCCUAGAAAACCUGUUGUUGGUGCCUCAUCACCGCAGGCCCUCCCAGUUCCCACAACAGACCAACAAUGACAACAGUGCCAGUAAUGGCUCAAGUGGUAUAGACAAUCAGCGCCACCUUCCCCGGCUCCUCAUCAGCAACUUUGCCAAGGCCAAACGUCGCUCUUCUGAGGACGCUGCCUCAACCAAUGUAGACCCUCGCACCAAACGUGACCACGCCAGGCUGGCACCUGAGAUAUUGUCAGCAGCCCAGUACCGCAAAUUUGACGAGUUCCAAACGGGCAUCUUGAUCUAUGAGCUUCUCCACCAACCCAACCCAUUUGAGGUUAGCCCAGCACUUAAGGAACAAGACUACCGCUGCGAGGAACUGCCCCCCAUCCCCUCUGUCUCCCUUUACUCAGCUGGCCUCCAGAGGCUCGCCCAGCUCCUGCUCCAACCCGACCCCAUCAAACGAAUCCAUAUCCAGGAAGCCAAACGCAUACUGCAGAGCUUGCUCUGGGGCCCCAGGAAGGACCUGAUGGAGCAGCAGUUGGAGAAACAUGGACAGGGAGGAGGCUUUGUUGAUGGAUCCCGACACGAGGGCCUCCUCAACUGGCUAGAUGUGAAGCGCGCCCUCCUGAUGAUGAAGUUCGCUGAGCGUUCUCUGGAAUCUGAGAGGAACGCAGAGCUGGAGGACUGGUUGUGCUGUCAGUACUUUUCCUCGGCUCACCCUCUGUCCCUCUGCCAUACUGCUGAACUUCUCUACUCACUAAAGUAAUGGCUCACGUGGGCGUUAAAAAUGUGCGCAAGUGGAGCCAAAGUUAUUUGUGUGAAUGAGAAAGACCAAUAAUGUUAAUGUCUAGACACUAUGGAUUGGUCCAGACAGUGUGAUCCUUUGGAGAUACUGUGAAACCUGCCCAACUGCUUGCGCUACUGCUACAUGCAUGAGAGCCAUGCAUCAACUUAGCCGUCCACUCUGAACCUUUUACACAAACGGUAUCCUGCUACAAACUGUCAACUUAACAAAGAAAUGACCUGAAAGCUCAGCCAUACAGUCACAGACUUAUGGACAUAUGGACAAAAAUCACUGAAAGGUUGACAUACAGACUAGAAUCACUUGGUGCCAACGAGGCUGAUAAAUACAUCGGUAAAAAAGGAAGAAUAUGGACAGUAUUCAUAAUUCUAUAAUACACUUACCAAAGUUUCCUGUGUGACACUGUAUUUUGUGUAUUUAUUAAAUAUCAAUUGAGACAUUGUACCACUGAGAACAGGCUAAUAAUUCAUAACCCUAUUCUGUGUCAGCCAGCUUUGCAAAGUAAUGCUGUGUCUUGUCUAAAUGUGCAGCUAACUUUUUACUUUACUGGAUAUCUUGAUAAAAAAUAAGGUCACUAGCAGACUUACAGUGUUGCUCCUUUUCCGUCAUACAUUUAUUCAUGGGCACAUAGUGCUGUACUGUGUACUGUGUAAACAACACAAACUUUUCUUGAACUAGAUCAUCAGAAUAAUGCCUGUUCCUCCGUGGAUACUGGUUUAUUAGUUGGAAUGAUCAAAGGCAGCCUUCCUUAAAUCUAUGUUAUCUCAGGCCUUGUUAAACAGCACUGCAUAAUAAACAGACUCUGUAUAAAUUAAUGAUAAUCCAUACUGUCUAAUGCAACUCAAUUUGAAUUGGAAUGACAAAACAAUUCUCAACAUUAGCGAUUGCUUCUGCUGAAUGGAUAAUGCCCAGCUUUUCCUUAUCCAUACUUUUAGUAUAUAUUUAAAUGUUCUGACAUUUGUCACAGUGCCUUUUGUUCUUUGUAUAUGUUACAGUGACUUGGAAGCCAAAUGUAAAUAUUACUGACCAUUUGUCCUUGGUGAAACUGGCCUUUCACAGGAUGUUCUAGAAACAACUUUGUACAGUUAUUUGUAGAUGAUAUAAGAAAGAAAAUGAGCCCAAGCAGGUCUUAAAAAGCCAUGAAUAUGAGCAGCAGUUAAAAAAUAUUUAUGAUAUAAUUUGUUAUCCUGUAGUAGUCACUGGAAUUUCUGUGUUUAUUUUCCAUAUGUGGAUUAUCGAGUUGUGUUUUUUUGGCACAGCAGCAGCUGGGCCUGUUUUUUGUUUUUUCCCACCGUUUGUCCCGUGUAGGCUGCUUUUAGUCUCCAAUAAAGAAUUUUUCCUAAUAAAGUGACAAGAAAUUAACCGCCUGCAUGCAGGUUUUUGUCCAUGACCGAUGUCUCUGAUGUUGAAGAGAAAAAAACAAUGUGGUCUGAUCUCACAACUAAUACAUCAUUGAUUUGAACUAUUUUGUGUGUGCCUCACUUAUUUGCAUCUAUCAAUAAACUGUGCAUAUAUUUUCUCACAGUA